AUGGCGCCCGAACCAACGGCUGAGGACGUUGACAACUUCCUCGAGUUCUCGGGCCUGGACCCCGCUAGAGACCGCAAUAUCGUGAUCACCGCGCUCAAGUUCCGGAGGAAGUAUACAUGGGACGACACAGCAUUCGGAGCCAGUCGUGACGGAGAGCCGAAUCACACGGGUAUAGCUUUCAACAUCGAGGCCCCCGACAAUGCCGUCAUACAAGGCGUUACCCCUCCACCCGAAAACGGCUUCUACGGCCCUUCGGCAGGCGCUCCCUCACGACCUCCAUCGAGAACAAAUAAUCGAUCGCCGCUUGGUAGGAUGAUAGACUGGACGACCGGGGACCUUUCCGGAGCUCCCAGUACUGCUGCGCAAGAAGAGGACGAUUAUAACAGGGCUAUUCGCGAUUCCCAGCGGGACGCAGACUACAUACCUCAGGAAGCCGGCGUCACGGGCGGAAGCGCCAACGCCCCGCACUUUGGGCCUGCCAAUAGGUCUGACUACGACUCGAACAGCUGGGCUAUGGUGACGACCGCAACGAGCUCGUACCAAACGACAGUGGACGACGAUCCCGCCCCUUCUGCGAGAAAGCGAGAGGAUGACGCCCCGGCAUUCCUUGUUCAGAGAACCACGGCACGCACGUCGAAGCACCAUCUGGAUAGUGUGUUGACGAUUCUGCAUGAGAUUCCGCUUGCACGCAAUAUCUUAUUGCAGGGUGGUGAACAGGCCGCCAGCUAUGGCCACAACAGCGAGUGGUGGAAAGGUCAACCGAUCUAUGCCCCUCACGUCCUGGCCGCCAUGAACCAAGGUGACCUCCAGUGGGCCGACGACACGAAGCCAGACUUUUAUGAGGAGAUUCAUCGUCUGAUGGCCUUUCUGGAUCUGACUGAGAGAAGCUAUGGAUCCAUUGAUUCCAUGGCCGAUCUGAUUCCCAAAACCAACUUUGCUACCGAGAGACAGUUCUUUGAUACUCUCGUCGAGAAGACCGAUGCCGAUGUCAUCAAGCCCCUGACGCACCUAGCAUGCCCCAUGUCUACAGACACCUUGGAGAAGACUCAAGACCCACACAGAUUUGCGUUUUUGAACUUUGAGUUAACAAAGAGCCAAUAUGAAAAGACGACAUCUCUGUAUGAGGCUUGGAAUUGGAUAGUGUGGCACGAUGUCAUGACGUGGCUGGAGCUCAAUGCGGAUACGGGAAUGGUUGUUCUCGAUGACAUGGGGGAGGUCAUGACAGUCGUUAUCGAUGGUGAUGGUACACCCGACAAGCUCGACAUUCCCGAAGUCUGGUAUCCAGAGCGAUACCUUGAGAGCCGAAAACAGGAGGCAAAGAUUUGUCAGGAACAUCUUGCGUGGGUGCAUAGGAUGCUCUACGAUGCAGAAUCUAAGGAGUUCGAGCUUACCAAGUGGAUUGAUCCGAAGACCGACAAGGUUCACAAUAAAGAGGAAAUGUUGGAGAAGACGAUCAAGGAGUACGAGAGCCACGUCAAUUACCUAGACGGCCUGGGACGGUUCAGAGAGCUGCGAAAGUCAGAUGACGACGAGCAAGGCAACCUCCGCCUAGAAGACGUGCCGUGCGUCUUAUCUGAAGCCGAAGAGGAACUCUUCCAAAGCUCGCAAAAGGUGCUUCAGAGAUGCAAGUGGCAGCUUGCUCAAGUCAGAGAAAAGCAGCAGAAACUCAAGUGGGAGCGUGAGAGGCUUGAGGAAAGGAAGCAGUAUCUCAACACUAUACUGACUAACCCCGACAAGCCAGGCUUGAGCAAGCCCUUCACUGGCAAGAAGUACCUUUUAAGGGGAAUAGCAACACAGCAGAACGUGACAUAUGUGUGCAAGCGAGCCGAGCCGGCACUCAUUGACAUUGAUGAGACGCCGACUUCGGUAGAUCAGUGGUGGCGGCUGUCGUAUAGUGCGAAGCAAUAUGCAAAGGCCGAGAAAUACACCUUCCAGCAGGUGGUGGACUCGAUCUACUUUGAGACCAAGAACCCGUUGCUCGUGUAUGCUACCGAAGACGCAAUCAACACGCCUGUGGCACCUCUUUCAGACGCCCUUUUACGAUUCGCCAAGGCCGAGAACAAGAUUUUCAGACAAGAAUUGAACCAGGAGAACACGGAGGAAGUAGCCAAUUUGAGAAACACCAACAUGUCGCCAAUUUCGCCAUCCAAGAGGAAAUACCGGUCGGGCAGUGUCGACUCCAUGGCCACCAAUCGAGCCUCGUUGGGCAAUAGCGAUACAAACUCCCGCGCUGGGGAUUUCGAGAUUGAGGCGGGUCCAUUCGGUGACGGAGACGGCACCAUGGACACGGAAAUGCCCGACCUAUCAACCAGACAAGGCAACACAGAGACACAAGACUCGAGCUUAGCCCAAGUCAUGUACUCUAGUGAGACACAAGACAAGGCGCAAGGUUACGACAUCAACGCGCCCGGCAUCGGACAGGACGGACUUUCGACCAGUAUCCCCACUGACGAUGUCACGGAGAUUAGUCGUACAGUGACGCCAGACGUGGACGUGGAAGAGCCAGCCAAGGGACCCGAGAUGCAGGAACGGAGCGGAAGCGGGGCCGGAUCGCCAUUCAUGGCUAGACACUCGAUUUAUGGAACGGCACACGACCCCAGAGAUGAGCAAAAGACGAUAAAAAUGAUGGAUAUGGAGAUUCCCGACGAGCAUCAGUAG